AUGAAUAUAAAAUUUGUUAAUUUGAAUAUAAUAGAUUCAACUAUUUUUGAAGUUAUUCCUUUUGCAAGAGAAUCUGAAUUUAUUAUUAGCAAAUUUAUUUUUGAAAAUUGCACAUUUACAAAUACAACAAUAUUCAAAUUUAAGAAUAACAUUAAGGUUACAAUUUUGGAUCUAAUUGUAGUUAAUUGUAAGUUUUUAAACUCAUAAUUUGCCUUUUUUUAAUUUGAUUUGACUCUUUAAUCAAAUGUUAAUAUUCAAUUCUUAAUUAUCAAAAAUUCAGAUUUUCAAUAAUCAUACAUCAUUAAAAAUGCUGACUCUCUAAAAUUAAACAAUGUUUCAUUGCUUUAAAACACUUUUUUGUUCACAUAAAUAAUAGAAUUUAGGAAUAGUUUAAUAAUUCACGAUAUCUUGAUUUAAGGCAACACUUUAGUAUAAUCAUAAAUAAUAAUCAAAAUUUCAACAACAUAAGUUGAAAGUAGUGUAAUCAUAGAUUAAUUAGUCUUCGAAGAAAAUUAUAAUACUAACUCAUCAAUUUUUAUAACUGAUUUUUCAGUAUAGAAUGGACUAGAUAUUUAUUUAAUGAAUUUGCACCUCAAUCAGAAUUAGUAAAUAUAAGAGGAGAGCUUCUCUACUUAUCUUUUUGAUAUUAAUUGUCUAAAUUUAAGUAUACAUAACUUUUUGACAAGGAAUUCAGAUUAUUUCAAUUAUUUUAAUUUAAUAGCUAUUACUAAUAUCAAAGUUUAUAAUAUCAUUUUUCAACGCCCAUAACUCAAAACAAAAGUACCAUUAUAUUUGGAUUGCAUCGAAUCUAUGAACUUGAAUUCGUAGUUGUUUUAUGUUUAAGGAUUUAAUUACUUAGAACUUGUAAGUAUAACAAUUAUGAAUUAUAAAAGUAUUGAUUAGUCCUUUAUUUCAAUAUUUUCAAAUAUAUUGAAAACAAUGAAGGACAACGAAAUCAUAAGCAUAUCGGAUUUAAAAUUUAUUGGAAAUACUUUGUUAAAAAUCAAUUUAAGGAGUAUAUUUUCAUUAAUGUCAAUAUAUUCUGAAAAAAGCUAAUAAAUAACAAUUAACAACAUUUAAUUUGAAGAGAAUAUAUAUCACCAAUAUAUUGAUGAUUCAUCUCAAAAUACAGCAAGUCUGCUAUUUAUAAAUUCAUAAUAAAGUUCUGUAAUUGUGUCUAAUCUAUCUUGCUAGUUAAAUGUUUUAACAAAUUCGACUAGUUCUUAUAUUUUGAUAAAAAGUAAAAUGAUUAGCUUAUCAAAAUUUACAAUCCAAAAUCAUAACAUACUAAAUACAAAAAUUCUAUUCUCACUUUUUGAUUUUGAACUUAAGAAUGCCUUAAAUUAAAACCAGAUUAAUUAAAUAUUAUAGAGGAUAUUAAGGAUUCAAAAUAAAGAAGGAGUCCUAUAUCUUACUGCUGAAUAUUGUUCUAUCUCAACUGGCACUUUAUAAAAUAUACUAUCUUUAAAUAGUUAAUUAUUCAAUAUUCAUACUCUAGGAAUAGGAAUAAUUAAAAUAGACAACAUAAAUAUCAUAUCAAUUGAAAGUUUAGAUUUGUAGAAUAGUGAAAGUGAUGGAUGCUUUGCUAUUUCAUCAUAAAACAGCUUAUUACAAUUAGAAUUAUUAAAUAUAUAUUUAAUGGAUGUUUAAAAUACAUUUGCGUCUCCCAUUAUUUUUAUCUAACCAUCCAAAAAUAAAAAUUCUAUUUCAAUUAGAAAUAUUACUGCAACUAAUUGUUUCUCUCUCAUGAACCUCCUGCUUAAAACAGAAUUUCCUUCAAUGAAUUUAAAAAAUAAUAAAGUUUUAAUAGAAAAUGUCAAAAUCACCCAAAAUAAAUUAGAUUUAUUUUAAUAUCUUUAGAAAUUUAACUCGCUAUCCUCAAUUGAUAUGUAAAGAGUCUUAAACGAUAAUGGGGUUAUUAUUGUGUAUGGUUGCAUUUUGACUGUUAGGAAAUUUGUAUUUGAAGGUGUUUUGUAGUCCUCAAUUUUAAGGGUAGGAGAUGCUUUUAGAGUAAAUAUCGAAAAAAUACAUCUAAACUAAAUAUCCAUGGUUCUCAAAGGAAAUUUGAUACAUAUUGUGCAGAGUUCCUACACCGAAUGUGUUGUUCGGAUGCAAGAUGUGGUUUUCUCCAAUAUUACUAUAAUCGAAUCAUUUGAAUUUAAAAAUUUAUCAAGCAGUUAAAAUAUAAUAGAGUUAGUUGAUUCAAAGUGUGGUCUAAUAAAUGAUAUUCGGAUCUCAAUUUUCUAUGGUUCUGAUAUUGGAUUUGAAUAAUUUUUUGACUAAUUAAUAUCGGAAUCAAAUUAACAAGGGUCCUUAAUUUAUUUUCAAAGUCAAUCUAACCCCAUUAAAAUUGUUUUAAGUUCAAUUUCAGCAACAUAUGUCAGAGCUUCAUCAAUUUUUAAUGCAAUUCUGUAUUUUGAUCUGUCUAGUCUUUCAUCUAUUGAUAUAAGAGAUUUUAAUUGUUUUUGGAAUAAUUUAAAUAGAUAUGGAUGCAUUUUUGCCCAAUCAAAUGACAAAUAAAACUCAAAUAUUAGAUUAGAAAACUCUAUAUUUUAUUCGAAUAAAGGUGGCUUUGGAACAGGAAUAUACACUAAAAAUGGGAGAGUAGUAGUGCACAAUUCAAAGAUCAUGAAAAAUUAAGCUGAAGUUUAAGGAGGUGGGCUCAAUCUAUAAUUAAAGAAAAAUGAAUUUCUAAUCAAAAACACCUUCAUUUAGGAGAACCAAGCAAAUGAAGCAGGAGGAAUAUAUCUUAAUGGAGAUAUGAAUUUAAAUAAUUAGAAUUUUAUCAAUUCAAUUCUAUUGUUUAACAAAGCAAAAAUUAUCACCUUAGAACUUAUAGGAAAAAUGUUUUCAAUUUAAAAGGUUUAUGAAAAGAUCUUAAUUAAUUUUCUAAACAUAGAUCCAUAUUAUAUAAUUGAACAAGGGAAAAUAAUUUAAGCCAAGGUUUUGGUUCUUCCAAGCAAUUAAGUCAUUAAGAAGUACCUCCUUUUCAAUCCAAAUAAUUAGAAAUUUCAGAAGUAUAUUUAUGAAUUUUCUGUCAUUUUUAAGAAUAGCUUAAAUGAGCAAGUUAUUAGUUUCACAAAUUCAACUUGUGUGAUAAAAGAAUAGAUCUUAUCUGAAGAUAGACUUGAAUUAUCCAAGAAUCCAUAAAUGACAUCAUUUAAGACUACUUAUGGAAACUUUGAUCUUUCAGAACUAUAAUUUUCAUUUGAUCCGUACAUGGAAAAUAAUAAAUAACAACAAAUCUUAAUCAUCUGUUAACCAAAUAAUACGUUUGCCGAAUUAUAUUAUAAUAUUAAGAUAGCAACUCUCAAGUGUUAACUAGGAGAAUUUUAUAUGUCCAACAGUUGUCAACCUUGCUAAUCAAACUAAGGGUAUUAUUCUGUUACAUACAACACAACGAAAUGUUCUAUUUUCGAUAAAAAUAAAUUCGAAAAUAUUACUUCUAAUUAAAUUAAUCUAAAAGUUGGCUAUUGGAGACCAAAUCAAUUCUCAGACAAUAUUGAAAGUUGUUUUAAGUAUCCAAAUAUUUGUAGAGGAGGAUGGUUUGUCGGAGAUUAGCUGUGUCUCUCUGGCUACCUUGGAGGCCUAUGCGAGGAAUGUGAUAAGUAUAAUAUUAGAGGACAUGGAUAUUAUUUUAUCAAUUAAUAUAGUAUGCUUUGCUAUUAAUGUGAUUAACCAUCUAACAGGAUAUUGCUAUUUAUUGUGGCAUCUAUCUGGUAGCUUGCUUCAACACUUCUUACACUUAGUAGCAUUGAAAAAUCUAAUAAGUAAUUUAUACUCUGCAAAUUAAGAUAAAAAUUUUCUAAUAUUAUUUUCAAACUUAAUUUAGAUCACGGGAGUAUUAUCAUAAAAUUAUUUCUUAAUUACUUAUGGAUAUUUUCUGCUAUUUUUUCAUUUAAUAUUAGCUUUACAUUCUCAUUUAACUUUAUUGAUUAGACAAGCAAUCCAUCAUAUUUCAUGGCUAAUAAUCUAGAUUGUUUCCUAUCAAAAAUGAAUGAUAUCUAAUUGAUUUACCUUAGGAUUAUUACAAUGUUUAUAUUAAUGCUGUGCAUACUACUAUUUAUCUAUAUAGGAUUUAUGAUUAUAGAACUAAUUUAUAAAAAAUAAUUUGAUGCCAGUAUUCUAUCAAUAACUGCCCUGUAUUUAUACGUUUCGAAUUAUGCUUCAUUGAUUAAACAAUUUUUUUCAUUAUUGGCCAAAAGAUAAAUAUCAGAUAUUAAUUACAUCCAAGGCGAUGUAUCACUUAUUUUUGGCACACCAAACCAUAUUAAAUGGAUUCUAAGUUUCGUUAUUCCAGGUUUGGGAUUAAUAGGAUGGCUUUUACCAUUUACACUCUUAAUUUUAUUGUACGUGAAAAGACAUUAAAUAGAGUCUGUUAAAUUUAGAAAGCACUUUUGCUAUUUGUUUAAUGAAUAUAAUAAAGAAAACUUUUUUUGGGAAUGGGUUAAAUUAGCUUAAAAAACAUUUGUUAUCGUCAUACUGACUUAUUUUGAGACAAAUAUUUAUUUAAAAGCUUCACUUUUAGGAUUAUGCUUAUUACUUUAUUAGUAAUAUGCACUGGAACAGCAACCCUACAUUAUCUUUCCUUUUAAUAAAUUAGAUGUAAAAACUGGUUAAAUCUGUUCUAUUUCAAUAUUUUUGGCUGUAAUUAAAUAUAUUUGCGAAUAGCAAGAUAAUUAUACAACUUCCUUUAUUAUUUAGAUGAUGUUAGUAUUUCUUUGCAUUAGAUUAAGCUUUCCAUUUUUCAAAAGUUUAAUAACAUUAUAUCAUAAAAAGUAUAAAAAAUAGAUUUUGUUGCAAUUAUUGAAUCUUACUAAAAUUUUAAGAUGCACAUCUUGUAUAGAUAGAUAUCUAAGGAAUAAAUUGAUUUUAUGGAACUAAAAGGAAUAAAGAAUAAAAUCUAUAUUUUAUAAAUUAAGACACCAUCUUAUUUAUAUAUCAAAACUACAAUUAGAAUAAUAAAAGUAAAAUUAAAAAUCAAAUAGAUCGCUAACGAGUUUUAUUCCACCAGAAUCCCUACCAAGAUAUAAAUAAUUAAAAGCCUGUAUCUCAUCAUCUUAACUUUGA